AUGUCCCGCAAGAGAGAAGACUUGGUCGUUCCUUACCACCACUUUCCAGCUAAGCCAAGAGCCGAGGUUGGAAGCAUGAUAUCCCAGACCCUUCCCAUGGCGGCCAUGUUCAUGAGAAACAAGAUCAUGUCUUGGUCAGCCUUGUUUUUGGCGAUCCAGUCGUACUUGUCUGAGCCAAUCAACAAGCCUCAGGACGAUUCGCAGGCGGGCUCGCAGCCUCCGUUGUUGCGGGUGGUGUUUGCGUUGGUUUCUUUGCUGACGUGCUACCUUGACAUUUUCUUCCCCAGCACCAACCCAGCGAUCAAGAAAAGCGCAAUUGCACAGGUUAGCGAGACUGUCUCUUCUGUGGUGUCUGAGGCCACCAGCUAG